AGGUGGCAGUAAUCCACCUAGCGUUGUGUACAAAUUGGGGCGGUGAAUGGGAAGCGGAAGCUAUUUGUUUUUUUUCUCUUUCUCACUCUCUUUUGCUCCCGUUUCGUGAAUGUGGACAAAACAUCUGUUGGCUGGUCAAAAGUCAAACUCGAGGUACGCUAAACAUUGAAUUCGCUAAGGAUCGCACUCCUGCUAAGUUUUAAAAUGAAAGGGAAAACUGAUGUGUCUACGUGCGUUUGAUCGCCCUCAGAAGUGACAUCUAUUAGUCGACGAGGAAUAUUAACUCUGGUGUUGGACCUUGCCUCAGUAAAGGGGGAUUGAUCAUAUAAAAAAAAAUCUGAAUUGCGAUGGCAAUAUCCGAAUUGUGGGCCAGCAGCUGGAGCAAGGCAGGCCAUACCUAACGAGGUUUAUGCCAUUGUAUUAUGCUGAAAGGGUUACUUUACCACAGAACUUGAAAAUUAGUGGAUAUUGAAUUUGAUGGUCACUGACUUUUAAGAAAAGAUUUUUAAUCCUUUAUGCUUUUAUCUUUUUUAUUGGAGUUGACUGAGUGGCCAUUUUAGACUUUUAAACACAUAUUUAAUGCAUAAAGCAACUUAAAGCAAAAGUGAGAUUGGAUGUUGAAAGGACUUCAUUUCCUGGAAAAAGUAUCCCAAUAGUCCAAGUGACACCCCCCCCCCCCCCUUUUUUUUUAAGAUGGUGUGAUUUUAUUUUUUUAUAUAUAUAUAUAUAUAUAUUUUUUUUCAUCUCAAAUUCAAGUUGUAGUAACAAACCAUUUUUAAUUUUUACAUUAAAAAAAGCUGAAUUUUGUUUUGUCAAGAUGGCAUACUCAAUGGAUUUUGCUCAAGAGAUAAUCGCAGGAGAUGCCUUCAUCUGCACAGAGUGUGGCGAAGGUUUUAGGCAGUACACAAAACUAAUUGAACACAUGGCAAUUCAUGGACUUGCUGGCUUGUUUUUCCCUGAUUUUUUAAACAGUAGUAGUAAUGAUAGUAGUAUCAACACAUCCAUUGAGUUUGCUCUCCACGAAAACGGAACACUCACUGUUGUUGAUCGAUCUGUGUUGUCUAAAUUUUCUUUCUUGUUUGGAAAACCUGCAUCCAAGUCAUCAUGGUGCCAAACCCCUAAUCAAGGUGCCUUGACUUCUAAAAUGGCAGAGAAAGAGUGUAACCAGUUUAGAUGUGAAAGAUGUGGGCAAGUGUUCAAAAACCAAAAGUCCUUACAACUGCAUCAGCAAUACCGUGCCCUUGAGCAGGGGUUCAAAUGCACCCUGUGCUGCAAAGUGUUUAAUGACCGGGAGAGUCUGCAAAGCCACCUUCAAAACCAUGCUCAUGAACGGUUUUAUAGUUGUGGAUACUGUGGAAAACGAUUUCUAAGAAAGGAGACCUUAUUGUCACACCAAAAACAGGGGCAUGGAUCUAUUGGUCCCAAAGCUUUGAUAGAGGAAGAUCAAGAAAAUAGAAUAGAUAGGUCUUAUCCUUGCAAAAUCUGCAGUUUGCGUUUCUUUUGGUUAUCUGACUUGCAGAGCCAUCUAAAGAGUCAUUCUCUUGUCAGCCCAAAUGAUGCCAUACGAGAACAGAAAGUACUAGGGGAGGAAGAAGGUAAGACCAAUGGCAGUGAUUUUCUUGAUCAGCCAUAUCGUUGUGGCUUGUGUGGGGAGGAUUUCAACCAAAAGUCAGAAUUAAAAGACCAUCAUGCAUCUCAGCAUCCAGAUAGGGAUGAAGUUCAGGACACUUCAGAUUCACCAGCUAACAUUAAACGGCAGUCUUUUGGCCACUCUGGUAAAAUGCAUCAAAUGGUUGCAAAAGCCCAAAUAAGACAAUUCGAUCCACCAAGGUCUAGGAUAAGAGUUAAACCUAGAGGAGCGAACCGAUUACAUUUUGGUGGUAAACUAUACUCCUGCAAACAGUGCCAUUGUACAUUUAUGCACUCAAGCAGUCUCUCUCGUCAUAUGCGUUACCAUAAGGGUACUCUGCACGCUUGUGUUUAUUGUGGGAAACGCUUUCCUCAAAGAUGUGAUCUCACAAGGCAUGUGGCCAUUCACCACAGUUCAGCGCUACUGCUAAGAGCUCAUGGGACAUCAAAGACCGAAAGUGAGGAUGAAAGCUGUAAACAGGAACCUGUGAGAGCAUCAUCGCAAACAAAAGGUGACAAGGAUAAUGAACAAGAGGCUCUUGAAGAAGAAACUCUGUCAUAUUCUUCUUUGAUGAAGAAAAUGCAUUUGCCAUAUGAUGAGCUGUCAUUAGAUUCUGAAGAGAAGAGAACUUUCAAUCCAAAGAUGAGCUACAAAUGCAAAGAAUGUUGUCGAGUAUUUGGAUUGCUCAGUGUUUAUCAGCGACAUGUGAAUUUCCACAAGCGAGAUCCCAGCAAAAUCUUGCUCAGUUGCCCUUGCUGCCCAUGCCGCUUCACGUUCCGCUCCGCUUUGGAUCGCCAUCUUGAGCAACAGCAUAAUGAUGGCUCCGUGAAUGGUGGUACAAAAUCUCCUGAGACUAAUUCCGUUGAUUCCAAAAUUCAACAUGAGGUAGUUGACGCUGAAAAGGCUAAUUCAGAUGCUGCUGAUGCGGAUGUUGGAAGGUUAUCUGAAGGAUUUAUUUAAUGCUGAAUGUACUUAAAAGAUAUCUCGACAUCAAAAUGCUCAUAUUUGAGUAAUAAUUAAAUUGUAAUUAACACAACUUUAUGCCCAGUUGCAUGAUUCCCUCUAUUGUUUAAGUGAUAUACUUCUGUAGCUUUUAGGUUCUCUGAGGUCCUCCAUUUAUCUGUUACACUUGUGUAUAAAAUAUUUUAUUUCCUCAAUGUGUUUAGCUUUUUCCCAUUUUUCAAAUUCCCAUUUUUUCUUAUUUAAAAAAAAAAAAAAAAGGAAAUUUAAUUUGUGUGCUGACACAAACUAAAAUAACCUUUUAAUGGGGGCCUCAUGAGCAGAAUUUUUAAAAAUGACUAAGAAACGCUAAUGAUGAAAAUUUAGAACAAAGCAAUCAGUUGAACUUUCUUUGCUAAAAAUGGUUCCAAGAGCACAUUUCUGCUUCAGUAAGUGAGAUAUGUAAAUUUUAUAUAUACCUUCGUAUCUAAAACUGUUUAACUGAAUGACUUUUUUUUUUUCUCUCACAAAUUAUAAACUUUUCUCUUUUUUUUUUUUUUUUUUUUACAAAGUUGUAAUUGUUUUUGAACUAGUGGUGAUGGGAAAAUUUAAAUAUUUUGACCAUUUUCUGACAUCAGUAAAGAUUUUGUACAAGUCUCCUUUAAUUUGAUUAAAUAAACAUGAUUGUUUUUGUUGAGGCCUUGCACUUAUUGAAUUUCUUAUUAAUGCCUCAAAGCUGUAAACGAUUGUACUAUUUUACAAUACAUGGAAAUAAAUUUAGGUCACUGACUUUGGUUAAUCUAAAAAGCUGGGACAAAAUGUGGUUCAAAUAAAAAACACAUGUAACUAGGAAUAGCUUAAGUUGUAAUAGACAAUUUCACUUAAUUAA